CAGCCGUGACCUUGGCAUCCGCCGGCCCUGGGGACAGCCGCCGCGGGAUGCGUUAGGCGGCGGAUCGCACGGGAAUAUUCCUCCCGGCAGCCUCCUCCCGCGGCAGGAAAAGCGGAUUUAAAGAGCAUCUUUGCCCCUUUGUUGGAUGAGAAGGACGGGGAAGGAGCGGCAGGAUGAGCACUAGCACAGUUCCCUAUCAGCAAAACCCCUACACCCCUGGGAGCAGCUCCUCUGCCAUCCAGUGCUAUCGCUGCGGGGACACCUGCAAGGGCGAGGUCGUGCGUGUGCAGAGCAACCACUUCCACAUCCGCUGCUUCACCUGCCAAGUGUGCGGCUGCGACCUGGCCCAGUCGGGCUUCUUCUUCAAGAACCAGGAGUAUAUCUGCACCCACGACUACCAGCAGCUCUACGGGACCCGCUGUGACAGCUGCGGGGACUUCAUCACCGGCGAGGUCAUCUCUGCCCUGGGCAGGACCUACCACCCCAAGUGCUUCGUCUGCAGCACCUGCAGGAAGCCGUUCCCCAUCGGAGACAAGGUGACAUUCAGCGGCAAGGACUGCGUCUGCCAAAACUGCUCCCACUCCCUCCUCAGCACCAAGCCCAUCAAGAUCCACGGGCCCAGCCACUGCGCCGGCUGCAAGGAGGAGAUCAAGCAGGGCCAGUCGCUGCUGGCCCUGGAGAAGCAGUGGCACGUCAGCUGCUUCAAGUGCCAAACGUGCGGGAUCAUCCUGACCGGCGAGUACAUCAGCAAGGAUGGCAUCCCGUACUGUGAGUCCGACUACCACGCCCAGUUCGGCAUCAAGUGCGAGACCUGUGACCGCUACAUCAGUGGCCGUGUGCUGGAGGCAGGAGGGAAGCACUACCACCCCACCUGUGCCAGAUGUGUGCGCUGCCACCAGAUGUUCACAGAGGGAGAGGAGAUGUACCUGACAGGCUCUGAAGUGUGGCACCCCAUCUGCAAGCAGGCAGCCAGAGCAGAGAAGAAGCUGAAGCACAGAAGAACGUCAGAAACCUCCAUCUCCCCCCCUGGCUCCAGCAUCGGCUCCCCAAACCGUGUCAUCUGCGCCAAAGUGGAUAAUGAGAUCCUUAAUUACAAAGACCUGGCAGCUCUUCCCAAGAUUAAAGCCAUCUAUGAAGUGCAGCGUCCUGACCUCAUUUCCUACGAGCCCUAUCACAGAUACACGUCGGAUGAGACGCUGGAGAGAUAUAGCUAUGGGGAGUCCCUGGGGACCCUCUCCCCAUACUCACAGGACAUCUACGAGAGCUUUGACACGCGGCAGAGAAGAGCCUCCAGCCCUGGCUACAUCGACUCCCCCACCUACAGCCGCCAGGGCAUGUCCCCCACCAUCCCCAGGUCCCCACACCAUUUCUACCGCUCAGGCACCGAGAGCGGGCGCAGCUCCCCCUACUAUAGCCAGUUAGAUGUGAGGUCCUCCACUCCAACCUCAUACCAAGCGCCCAAGCAUUUCCACAUCCCAGGUAGGCUCCGGAGCCCCCCGCUGCCCGGGGAGCGCCGUGUCCGUGGCAUGCCCGCAUGUGCCGUCCCCGCUGUGUCGCAUGCCUCGCUCCGCCGCCUGCCUAGAGCCAGCUGGCAGCAGGAUCUACCCCUGGUAGAGGCCAUCCAUAAACAGGACCUACGGCUUGAGCCCUCCUCCUUGUCCCCCUUGUCACCACCCGCAGCUCCCAGAGGCGCCCGGAGUCUGCUUGAUCCUUGCAACAUCCCUGUUCUUCCUCUUCCCUGCCCUCCCUCCACUCUCCACACGAGGAUGAGUCCCCUGGUGAGAGCCUGUCCCCCGGAGCAGCCGGAGCGGGUGUGCCAGAGGCGUUUCCACACCCAUCCGCUACAGAUGACUAUUUUAUACCCCCCUAGGGCCCGCCGCUCCCUCCCCCCAGAGUCUUCUGGGCUUGCCAGAUGCCUGCUCCCCUUCUGCAGGGAUUGCAGGGGGCCACCAGGUAAGGGCCACCACCCGCUCCCGGCCACGCAGAGCCCACGGGGACGGGGACGGAGCGGGCAGGACGGGAUGAGCGGGUUGGGAAGCGGGCAGAGCUGCCCAUCACCCCUCGCCGGGGUCACAGCCCCGCACCGUCCACUCGCCUCUUGCCAUGUCCCCGUGCCCCCAAAAGCGUGGCACCCUCUCCCGGAGCAUCAGUACAAGGAGCAAUUCCCACCUCUCCUUGUCCCAUCCAAGCCCUGGAGUCAGCUGUGCCACCCAAACCCUUGCCCUCAUUCCCAAGUGUGCCCCGAGUGUCUCGUGGCUGCCCCACGUGUCCCUGUCCCCGUGCAGAUCUACCCCUACGAGCUGCUCCUGGUGAAGACCAGGGGGAGGAACCAGCUGCCCAAAGAUGUGGACAGGACUCGGUUAGAGAGACACCUGUCCCAGGAGGAAUUCUACCAGAUCUUCGGGAUGACCAUGGCCGAAUUCGACCGCCUGGCGCUGUGGAAGAGGAACGAGCUGAAGAAGCAGGCCCGGCUGUUUUAAAUGCAGUGCACUAUAAAUAUAUACAUACCUAUAAAUAUAUACAUAGAGAGAUCUCUAUAUUGCAGGUCUGUAUGAUUCUCGGGGCUGUACAGGGCACAGGGGCCCUCUCUGCACCCCUGAGAGUGAAUUGGAGUCUUGCAGAUCGUUUGA